AUGGGAUCCGGUGCAUUAGUGCCUGAAAUGAGUUGGGAGGGGCGGCGAAGUGGGUUGUUGGGAUCAACGGUAAAAAGGAUGAUGUUCGUUCAUGCAAGACUUAUGAAAUUUGAUAGAGUUCUUCUCAUCGACCGGUAUCAAAUGAGUUGGGAGGGGCGGCGAAGUGGGUUGUUGGGAUCAACGGUAAAAAGGAUGAUGUUCGUUCAUGCAAGACUUAUGAAAUUUGAUAGAGUUCUUCUCAUCGACCGGCAUCGUCUCGACGUCACGAAAAUACGACACGAAAAAGAGGUGCAACACGAGGACUUCCCAGGAGUUGGGAGGGGGCGGCGAAGUGGGUUGUUGGGAUCAACGGUAAAAAGGAUGAUGUUCGUUCAUGCAAGACUUAUGAAAUUUGAUAGAGUUCUUCUCAUCGACCGCGAUCGUCUCGACGUCACGAAAAAUACGACACGAAAAAGAGAAAUGAGUUGGGAGGGGGGGCGGCGAAGUGGGUUGUUGGGAUCAACGGUAAAAAGGAUGAUGUUCGUUCAUGCAAGACUUAUGAAAUUUGAUAGAGUUCUUCUCAUCGACCGGUAUCGUCUGACGUCACGAAAAAUACGACACGACGAGAGAAAUGAGUUGGGAGGGGGGGCGGCGAAGUGGGUUGUUGGGAUCAACGAAAUGAGUUGGGAGGGGGGGCGGCGAAGUGGGUUGUUGGGAUCAACGGUAAAAAGGAUGAUGUUCGUUCAUGCAAGACUUAUGAAAUUUGAUAGAGUUCUUCUCAUCGACCGAAAUGAGUUGGGAGGGGGGGCGGCGAAGUGGGUUGUUGGGAUCAACGGUAACAGGAUGAUGUUCGUUCAUGCAAGACUUAUGAAAUUUGAUAGAGUUCUUCUCAUCGACCGAAAUGAGUUGGGAGGGGGGGCGGCGAAGUGGGUUGUUGGGAUCAACGGUAAAAAGGAUGAUGUUCGUUCAUGCAAGACUUAUGAAAUUUGA